GUGAGGCUCGGCGGAGAGGCCUGACCAGGCAGGGCUUCCUUGGGUCGGAUGUGCCGGCCCGGCUUUGUGGUUGAGGUCGGGUCUCAGCCACUGGGCCCGGGAAGAUGGUGCUAGGUGGUUGCCCGGUGAGUUACCUACUUCUGUGCGGCCAGGCGGCUUUGCUGCUGGGGAAUCUACUUCUGCUGCACUGUGUCUCUCGGAGCCACUCGCACAACGCUACCGCCGAACCCGAGCUCACAUCCGCUGGCGCCGCCCACCCAGAGGGCUCCGCCGGCGCUCCGAGCUGGGAAUAUGGCGACCCCCACUCUCCAGUCAUCCUUUGCUCUUACCUACCUGAUGAAUUUAUAGAAUGUGACGACCCAGUGGAUCAUGUUGGAAAUGCAACUGCAUCCCAGGAACUCGGUUAUGGUUGUCUCAAGUUUGGUGGGCAGGCCUACAGUGACGUGGAACACACUUCUGUCCAGUGCCGGGCCCUCGAUGGGAUUGAGUGUGCCAGUCCUAGGACCUUCCUACGGGAAAAUAAACCUUGUAUAAAAUAUACGGGACACUACUUCAUAACCACUUUACUCUACUCCUUCUUCCUGGGAUGUUUCGGAGUGGACCGUUUCUGUCUGGGACACACUGGCACAGCAGUAGGGAAGCUGUUGACACUUGGAGGACUUGGGAUUUGGUGGUUUGUUGACCUUAUUUUGCUUAUUACUGGAGGGCUGAUGCCAAGUGAUGGCAGCAAUUGGUGCACUGUUUACUAAAAAGAGCUGUUGUCAUGGCCCAGAGAGGCAUAUCUUCCUACAGGCUCAAUACUCUUCCUUGAUAGCAGACCUGGUUAUUACUUUCCAUCCCUGGAGGGAAUCAGUUUGGUUAGGAAGUUUCUUCGGACUCUGGGUUUUCAACCCAAAUUUUACCUUGCAGACUAGAAAUGACAAGCAAACAGUGUUUGGGAAUCAAGUGUGUACCUUUCCUCACAUACAAAAUAUAAAGGCUAGUGACUAACUUAGUAAGUUGCAGAGGGGUUUCCAUACUGUAUUUCUGUACAUUGCUGUAUCGUCAAUACUUUGGAGCAAGUGGACCCAACAAGAUGAGCAAAGUGAAUAUUUUUAGCCUUGUGCCUUUUGUGACCCUGAAUCUUCAUGCAGAGGAGAUCUGAAGCUGAACCAGUGAAAAUCUUCAGCAGAAGUGAAAUGGCCGUGGAUUUUAAUACACACUGAAAUUCUGACUUUCUGAAUUUAAAUUGUCGAAUAAAUUUUGCCAACCUGGAA